AUGGCCUCCGCUCGGUGGGUACGACUGGCAGGUCGCGCGUUCUCCGUUCUUUUUGCGCUCCUCCUCGCCUCGCGCGUUGCGUCGGCACCCGUCACCUCGGGUACCGUCACCUCGGGUAGCGUCACGAUCUCCGGCCCCGGAGUCUCAGACCACGGACAGCCCAACCUGGUGUGUUUCCCGACCAAGGCCACGGACGUGCUGCUAUUCUUCUUGUCGAACUACGUGGCCCAUGCCGCCACCGUCAAAACGGCCCCCGGGGCCCAGACCCUCGAGGUCAUGGUGGGGAUGUUGAUCAGCCUGUUCUUUCCCGUCCUCGGCAUGAGCCGCGCCUUCGAGGUUAUCCUGGGCUGGAGCUGGAAACUCUCGCCCAAGUUCCCGUUCCUCCAAUUUGAGGCCGACACUUUGCAGACCGCUCUGAAAGCGGGCGCCCUGGUAGUGGCCGUGAGGAACCAGAUGUGGAAGCCGGCUGCGACCGACGGCAUGCUAAGGGACCUGCGGCGUCCCACGGAGGAUGACUACCUGCUUGGGGACAUCUCGCAUGACGUCCAGACGCGGGCGGGCGAGCGGUCGGAGGCUCAAACUCCGCUGGCCCCUGGUGACGAUAGCGUGAAGGCUAGCGCGUCGUCCGGCCGCAGCGGGGGGUUCAAGUGCUCAGUGAGGACGCUCCCUGGGUACCCGGAAAACGACCCCGGCUGGUUUAUGUUCGGCACGCCCAACGUGCACGGCGGCUUCAAGCUUCCCAAAGGCUACGACUGGCUCCGCCUUCCCCGAAACACGAGAGUGCUACCCUACGGCAGGCCCUUGAUCGAGUCGCAACCGGCGUCCGGCGAGACGGCAGAAGUUCGGCUGCCGACCUCCUUCAGCGUGGCGCAGCCCAUCAUUGCCAUCUUCCAGACGGUCAGCGCCGGCUGGACGCUGUACAAGGCGAGCGGGGAUCAGAUCGACCAGUUCGGUUUUGCCGCCUUUGGGCUCACCGUCACCCCCUACUUGCUGAUGAGCAUCAUCAACUUCCUCGCCCAGCUCGCCGUCCCGCAGCACAGCUCCGUGUACAUUGUCUACUCCGAGGUCCUGGCCGAGGCGGCUGCACGGGUGGGGAAUCCGAACGUGACUGGCAUCGUCGGGCAGCUCACGCCAGACACCUCUGCCUCGCCCGAGUAUCUGAACGGCUGGGUUUCAGAGGAGGGAGAGAGAGGCGUGAACGUCGAGUUGCAAUCCAAUCCCGAACCGGCCGAGGAGGAUGGGGAGCGCCAGGAGAGCACCUCGGCCGCGGCCGGCGUCGAACGGGAGGCAUCAAUCUCCCAGCCAAAAGAGAAGCAGGUCGAAGAGAUCUUGGUGCCUUCCCACCCGCGGUUCGAGCGCCACCACCCACCCCGGGACGCCAAGUGGAAGAAGUGGCUCACGGACCCGGAACUUGCCGGCGCCAGCGCCGUCGUGGUGUCGCUCCUCCUGGCGUGCACCCCGCUGGCCGUCAACGGGUCGCUUUCCAAGUUCCGGCCGGGGCAGAAGAGCACCGCGGCGCAGCGUGGCGUUAUCAUCGCCUGGAUCAUCUGCACGGCCUUGUCCCAGCUCACGAUGUCCGGCCUGCUGAUGAUCCUCAUGCUCGCGUUUAUGGUCCCUUAUGCCAUCAGGUACGACCUGCGAGGCGAGGGUUUCCCGUUCGACGUCGACGACCUGAAGAGGAUCGCCAUGAGAACAUACGCCGGUCUCCUGAUUGUCGGGUCGGCGAUCCCGCUGGCCAUGUUCGUGACGGUCGGCCAGGAGCUGAUGCAGUACGGGAACUGCCAGUAUAUAGGGUGA